AUUCAGAGUGAAGAAUGUUGACGUCUGGCGUUCACACAGUGAGUGCAAGAACCUUGGAGCCUAAUGAGGAAAUUUCAUCUUCUGCUUAAAAAUGAUUCAACAAGACCUCUUCCUUAUUCGCCGUGUCUCUAUAUAUUUAUCUCUAUAAUAAAUAAAAACUACAACAUUGAACUGGAUCUGAUGUAAUCUUUGAAGAAACUACUUUAUGUCUAUUUAAUAAUUUAGUCCUAAUUUUAACACAUUUUCCUGUAAAUGUUUGCAUUAUUGAUCCAGUCCAGUGGAUUACUGUUGCACAUUAAAGACACAUUCUCAUGGAGAUAGGAGUUUUUUUUCUGGUUAAAUUGUUUCAUAUUAAAAGGGAGUGUGGCCUUCAUUAGUUCUGUGAAUGUUGAGUUAGUUCUGGUUUCAGUUUGUACUUCUGUUUUUCCUUUGCCACUUUGACCACAGGAACUUUUUUUUAUUGUACAGAUGUGCUGCAGAGGUGCGUUAACUCCUGUGAUGCUUUCACAUGCAGAGCAUGUACUGAAACUAUAAAUAAUUGAAGCUUUUUUGUUAUUCUAAUAACUCUGAAUGUCACAGGGACCUUUAUCCCUGUAGUUUUGUACUUAAAUGGGAAUUUAUUUUGUUAUUAAAAAGUAUUUAAGCAAUGUUUUCUUAAAGCUUAAAGUGAUUUUGAAAAUGUAAAAAUCGGAUGCAACAGAAAUAAAUUCAUAACUCUGAGGUUUAAUGGUGGCUGGUGGAGCUGAAAUGACAUAGACCUUAAAAAUACAUCUCAUCUUUUUAAAUCCACACUUGUUUUUCUAAACCAUAAAAAUGAUUCAUUUUCUCCAACAGCUACAGACAUGUGAGAAACAUUCUUCUCUGUGAAGUUGCACCAACAAAAGGAGAAGUGACUUUUGGGAAACUGUCUGAACUGCUGUCAUUUAUGGAGGCAAAAUGUCUCAGAACUUAUAAAUUACUUCCAAUUUUGUUACUGGAGAGCCGUUGACUUCUCCUCUAACUUCUCCAAAUGUUUGCAAACUGAUAAGCUCUGUGUCAUAAACAGAUGAAGCAAAUUAUCCUUUAACCAGUCACAAAGCAAGUCUUCAGAGGUCUGUGGGUGCUUUUUGUUCCAUUAUGUCCACUGGUGAGCAGAAAGCAUUUCACAUGUUGCUUCGGCAUCUCAUCUGACACAUUUUAGUGGCUUUAGUUGUCAAAAAGAUCUGUUUACAUCCUCAAACUGUUGCAACGUGUGUUACUCAGCUGUGUUAAUCAUUCUCUUCCUCAUCACAACUGCAGAAAAAAAUGUCAAGUCAAAAGUAGGAAGUUAACUGUCAGUUCAUCUGUGUAGAGCUGUUUGAGUUCAGUCCAGGGGGGAAAAGCAGCAACUGUGAGAGAAUGAGCGAGACUCCCGAUCAGAUCGGCCACAUUUAAACGGUGAGAGAAUAAACGAGAAGGAAGGAGAGUGAAGAUGGAUCAGGAAAGCACUUUCGCCCGGGUGGAGAGGACUCUGUGGACGGUCUGGUGUUAUUUCACCGAAGCUGUGAACAGAUUCAUCAGAACGCAGGAAGCUGGUCCCAGCAGCAGUGACCCGGCUGACGGUGAGCCUCCAGACUCCGAACACACACAGGACAACACAGAAGAUUCCCAUGGAGGAGGAAUCAGUGAGGUGCAACUUCUUCCCUCCAUCUCUCUGCUCAGCUCAUCUGCAUCAGUUGUUGCCUGGACAGUUGGCACAAGCGACUCUAAGUCUGAGGAAGGAGACACACAGAAAAGAAGAGGCCAUGAGAGCAAAGGCUCUGAUGGCGGUAAAGCCACCAGACAGGAACACGUCGACCAAACAGGAAAUGACCGAGCACAGCUGCUGGUUAUUGAAAAGGAAACAACAAAUCAACUCAAACGAGAAGAAACUGAGAAUGAAGAAUCCUACACUAGUGAACGAGUCAAAGUGACCAGUGAAGAUAACCAGGUUACAGGAGAUAAUGGAGAUGUUCUGGAUGAAGAGAAAAGUGAAGGAGUUUGCACCAGAACAGCAGAGGAGGUCCGCGUGAUCACAGGGGAGGAAGGAGAAGAGGAGAAUAGUGCAGAAGAGUUGAACACUUGCAUGUUUCAGGUGAGCUCUGAAGCUGGAUUUCAGCCUUCAAUCUGUGAUGGUGAUGAUGUCAUUGUUAUUAGACAAGAGGUUGGGGGUGAAGAUGAUCAGACAGAGGAUGAGACAGCUCAGAUGGAGGAAGAAGACAUCAAUGAGGUUGCAAACAAUCAGACGAAAGGAGAAGAGGAAAAACAGGAAAACAGCAGCAGAAUGACCACAGAUGGCUAUGACGAGGCAACUCUAUCAACUCACUGCAGCGAGGACGCCGUGCAGACAACACAAGAAAACGCAGAGAAGUUCGUAGAUAAAGGAGAGAAAGUGGUGGUCACUGUUACACGCAGCACCUCUCUCUCAGAUGUGAGUGCAGCAGGAACGAAUCUAGAUCAAAUCAUUGUUGAUGAAGGUGAGAUGGACGUGGAGAGGCUCUCCGGGAAAGUCCACAACAAAGAGAGCCGCUGGGAAAAUGACUGUGCCACCUCCUUGGUUACAGUAAAACCCGAAGGACUGAAGACUGAACAGGAAGCAAGCAGAGAGUCCAAAAAUAUUCCCCAGGUUGCAAUCGAAGGCCAGGAUCCUGCGCUGAACGAAACGAUUCCCAAAGCAUGCGAGGAAACACAAGAGGGGGUUCCUGAGCACAACAAUGAGCUCGGGUCAGAUGAAAACAAAACACAAAGCUUCUUGGAGAGAGGAAAUUAUGGGGAAAUCCGCAACAGUCAAUUACCAGAAGAGGUGGAGAAGGAGGAACAGGCGAGCCUUAAAAACAGUGGCAUGGGAGCAGACUAUUUACUGGAGGAGGAACAAGAUUUAGCUGUGGAGGAGCUCACUGGAAAUCUGCACUUUGCACAAGAAACAGAGGAACCCCCCGUCGGAGUGGGAAACCUGGAGUGCAAGGAGGAAGAGGUUGAGUGUCUGGACACCUCAAUGAAGACGGAGAUCAAACCUUCAGACAAGGACGAGACCUGCAGCAACUCAGUAGAUGAGACAAACAAAGAUCUGCAAGAAGCUGCAGAACUUGGAAAUAACCAAGAUGAAACAUCAAAUUCCCUCGAGGUGAAUGUAGAAAUGACAGAGACACACUUCUGUCAAGAAUCCAUGAAAUCCAUCGAACCCAGCGGUGAUGAGAGCUUUAGUUUAGCAAAGGAAAUCCCUGAUUCUGGGGUUUUGCAACUAAUUGAAUCUAAGUUAUCUGAUGACAGCGCUGUAGAAACUCAAUCCGUUGGGGCUGACACUGAGGAAAGAGAUUACACUGAUGAAGCGGAGGAAGAAAUCUGUGUUACAGGAGAGGAGCUUAUAAUCAGUCAGGAAGACAAAGAAACACCCCUGACUGAACAGUCGGAGUCAUCUCCAAAUCCUGAGGCACAGGCGACAAUAACUCAACCUUCUGUCGAAACAGACCAGGAAGAUAAGAUCGAGACAAUAACGGACACUGAUGCUGUUGAGUCAGGGGCAACAGAAUCCAAAGAUCUUCCUGCAAUGCCAGUGGAGGACACAGAACAUCCAUCCCAACCAGAGGAGCAGCACGACCAAGACACGAGCAGCUCAAUCAGAGGACAAGAAGAUGUCAUCGAUGAGGAAAUCCUAGACUUGUGGAUAGAGGCGGCAAUGUCCAACGAUUCCAGCCAAGAGGAAGAGCCUCAAACUGACACAAUGAAAGACCAGAUGGAGGAAGAGUUGUGUGAAAUGUUACCAGAGGAGUCCGAGCAGAUGCCUUCAUCAGUCAGUUCCACAGAAAAGUCUUUGUCAAAUUUAGACUCUGGAUUUUUGGACCAGUCUUCUGUUGAUGUUCAGACCCCGAAACCUGAAGAUACUGGAUCACUUGAAGAUGUGCGUGACACCCUGGCUACUGUGUCAGAAUCAGCCAGUUCCUCUGAACUUUCAGAAGAUAAUUCUGAAUCUCGAGCUGUCAUGAAAGAGGAAACAGGGGAAUCUGUAGAGUCUUUUCUGAGAGGGAAGGAGUCAGCCAGAGGGACCGAACAAAUGGAUUCACAGGAGGAAAAUCAGCUCACUGAGAAACCUGAGACAGCAGGAGAGGAAAACUCAUCUGGGACGGAGGCUGAGACGAAGGCAAGGGGGAGGGACACUGAAGAAGGAGAUGAAAUGUCACUGGUUGAAGGCAUUGAUCAAAAUGAAGAAAAGAUGUUUGGAAUAGCAGUCGAACUCCGAGUUACUGAACCCAGGCUGACUUUGUUAGAGGAGACAGCAUUUUGGACAGAGCUUUGUUCUGGAUCUGAGGACAAGCAGCGUUCAGAGGAUGCACCAGACCACAGAUGGUCCUUACCCGCACUGAGCAGAGGUCAUGUGGCAGCAAGGCAGACAGCAUCAGAGGAUCAGAGUCAGCUAGACGCGCCGGUGCUGGACAUCACAGUGCAGAAGUCACGCAUUGCUGUCAAAAACCCCAAAGCGAGGCCCCCUAAAAACCCCCGCUCCCUGAUACACAAGCCUUCAGCUGAGCCAGCUCCCUCCACUCAUGUGCUGGUCAAAGAUCCUCCCUCUGUGCCUUUAGGUGGAUUGGGGAUUGGGAUCAAACUACCUGGGUUUGGAGCAGGUCUUCCUGUUUUAAAGAAGACUCAAACAUCUGUGGAAGUUGAGAAUAGCCAGGAUACUCAGAUACAGGAACCUGAAACGCAAACAGAAGAGAAAAGUGAGGGUGUGAAACCAAAGUGGAAGCCACCAGGACAUCCAGGAUUUGGAAUUCCACUUAUGUCUGAACUUAAGACCAAACUAAAGAAAACGCCCAAAGAGUGAAAAAUAUUGUUUUGUUUUUUAAACAAAUCCUGUAAAUAUUUUGAUAUAUUAAAAAUUAUUAUCUUCACUUUUAUUCAGCAGAGAACAAUAAUAAGAUCUCUAUCUUUUUUAAUGCUUACCUUUUAUAAUAAAACAUUAUC